GGGUGGGCGCACGCGGAUGACGUCACUCUGCGUCAACCCGGCCCGGGUGUCGCGCACUGACCGCGUCGCCAUGGAGCUCAGGGCGGGUGUUUCCAAACAGGGCAUUCGGGAGCAGAUCUGGGACUACAUGGAAGCACAAAAUAUAGCUGAGUUUCCCUGGCCUGUCCAUCGUAGGAUUCCCAACUUCAAGGGUGCGUCUCGGGCUGCUGAGCACUUCCCACGCUUGCAGGCAUUCAAAAUGGCCAGGACCAUUAAAGUCAACCCUGAUGCUCCCCAGAAAAACGCUCGCUUCUUCGUCCUGGACAGCAAAAAAACAUUGUUGGUUCCAACACCAAGACUGAGAACAGGGUUAUUUAAUCGGAUCACACCACCCCCUGGGGCAACUAAAGACAUCCUGAGAAAAUGUGCCACCUCUCAGGGCGUGAGGGACUACAGUGUUCCCGUGGACUUGGACGCCAGGGUCCUUGUGGACUUGGUGGUGGUAGGCUCCGUGGCUGUUUCUGAAAAAGGCUGGAGAAUUGGGAAGGGAGAAGGUUUUGCUGACCUUGAAUAUGCCAUGAUGGCGUCGAUGGGAGCAGUCAGCCAGGGGACGCCAGUGGUAACCAUCGUCCACGACUGCCAGGUCAUCGACAUACCGGAGGCGCUUCUUGAGGAUCACGACCUCACCGUGGACUAUAUUCUUACUCCAACCAGAGUCAUCGCCACGGGGUGCGAGCGCCCAAAGCCCACAGGAAUCAUAUGGUCUAAGAUCAGCUGUUCGAUGAUGGGAAGAAUCCCAAUACUCAGAAGCCUUCGCUCCCGAGAGAAGCAGGCCGGGAGAGACGUCACGCUUAAGGAUGAGCAGCCGCACCUGGAAGCCCGCAGCCAACACUCAGCUCCGCCAGGCACUGUAAGAAGACCCGGGGGCCCAGCCCAGCCGGAGGCAGGUUCCCCGAACGGGGAGGAUGUGCCUUCUGACACUGUUUAUGUGGGGAACCUCCCCCAGGACACCCGAGUGAGUGAGUUGAAGAAAGCCCUCAGAGAACGGGGCGCAGCCCCACUGCGGCUCACCUGGCAGGGCCCCCAGCACAGGGCCUUCCUCCAUUUCCUGGACCCAGCCUCGGCCCAGGAGGCCCUCUCCCGCUUACAGGGCUUACACCUGGGUGCCAACACCCUGAAGGUGGAGCUGGCCGGGCAGCAGAGGGCCAGUGACCCAGCGGGUGGCCAUGCUAGAGACCCGCACCCAGACCAUUGACUGACUGUGACAACUGGACCUCCAGAGGCCCGCAUCCUAGGAUGCAGCCCAACUGAUGCUACACGAGCUGCUUUGACAAGGUUCAUUCUUUCUAGGAAGUCACAGCCUUCAGGCCCUGCCUGGUGACCUCCUGACGAGUAGGAAAGUUAACCAGUGCACUUCCUACACUCCGGAGGCUGACUUCCCCAAGGAUUCAGUUCUCUUUGUCAUUGCCCUUAGCCCACUGGGUGGUAUAGCCAGGCUGGUCCUCUGGAGAGACAGCAGUUGGAGGGUUUAGGGGACCAAUGAGCAAUAAGCGAGUGGGAGUAAGUGGUGACAGUGUUUAGGAGAGUCUGAGGCCCCGGCAGGGACCAGACACAGGAGCACUGUGGGCAACCAGGACAUGUGCUCGUGCCCUGGGACCCUGCCUGGCACUGCUGGAGGGGAAAGCUGCAUUCAUAUCGCAGAAGCCAAGUACCUCCGCCUCCUGGGUACAAACCACUUGUCUCAACUCAGUCCUGGUGUCGGAAAUGGAGAGCUGGUGCGACCUGGACCCUUGGUUGUGUGGGCUCUCCUGCUCUCCUCUGUUCUCUCCUUACCUUUCUAGCCCUUCUCCUCCCCCUUGGCUUCGCUCUGCCCUCUGUCAGUGCCGGCCACACCCCUUCCCUCCCCCCUGCACACAGCAGGAAGCGGCUCACAGGAGACAGUGGCUUUGGAAAGUGAGCCAUCCAGGCCUGGGUCACAGGCAGUCCCCCAGGUGCGCUCACACUCCCAUUAGCCCAAGGCCUGUGUUUUCGAGUUUUUUCCUCUAGUACCUUGUUCCUAAAAAGGAAGCUGGAUUUUGGCUGAACUAUGCUUUCCAAACAGAAGCACUUUUGCAAUUGAUCCUGGGCACAACGUCAAAAUAAGCAUUUAAGUGGAGGUUUUAUUUUUUCCAAUGUACACGCAUUGGAAAUUUUAUUUUUUCACCAGAGGGUCUUACUGUGUAUUUUAAGUACAUUAUUAUGCCUCAAGAGGCCAGGCCUUGCAUGAACUUUCAAGAAAAUAUUCUUAAGGUACUCAAUCACCCUUGGAAAAAGCAUUUUCUUUUUGGUUUUACAAUGAAAAUACUGUGGAGACUUCAGAAAGAAAAUCUACCCAAAUAGAUAUCCAAAUAGACAUUUCUUUAGCAAAAUGGGACAAUAAGAAACAACAAAGAAUUGUAAUUCGGGCAAACCAUGUGAAAGUCUUGAGAAACAAAGGAGAGGAAUGCUCUUUUAUGGACUUGGGAGGAGCUGUUGUAAACGAAGAGCCCAUUGGAGGAAACAUAACGAUGGAAGUGUAGUGACUUUUCGUUGGCUGAGUUAUGGAAGCUUCCCAUUGGCUGAGCUGUUACUAGGCCAAAAGGAAUCCUUUCUUCCUCCUGCUGAGGCAGCAAGUAGACUCAUGUCCUGUCAGAGAAACGGGGUUCGUCCUUCCUGUUGAAGUCAGUAGUGUGCAUAGAGUGACACGUGUGAAAGACCUUCCUUGCAGCUUCUGGACUCCACUUUCAACGAGGUUUCUGUUUAUUCAUUUUCACCAUCCUUAGAUUUGUUCAUUAAAUGCAGACUCCUUUUCCAAGUUGUCAUGAAUAAAAGAGUAGACAAAUAUCUUAAAAUUGACCAGGACCUUCCCUGCCUUGGGACCUCGGGGCUUCUUCUGUCUUGGCCUGAAUGUCCACCUCAUCUGCAGGACUGGCUUUGUUUUGUCACUGGGCGUUCAGCGGGGAUGUCAGAGGCCAACUCUGGCCACCCAAACCAGAGCAGCGAGCUGAUCAUCUUACCUGCUCACUCUGUUGCCUUUUGUGUAGCUUUUCUCUUUUUCCUGAACACCUCUUGUAUUCGGCAUGCUCUUGUUUGUUUUUUGUUGACGUUUUCACUGUUGACUAGCACUUCAGAACAGGAAAUGUGUCACUGCCUAUCUUUUUCACUCCUGUGUACCCCAGCUGUGAGCAAGCCCUGGCAAAUACAUAGCAGCUCCGGAAACGAAUAUGUGAAUGGAUUCAUCCAAGCCCAGAGAGGGAAAGGAGAGCGUGAUGAUGCCACCUGAGGCCCUGUGUCCAGUUGUGCCUACACCAGCCCGCUGUGGACUGUGACACCCAUCAAUAGUGAUCCCUCUUGGUUAAACCAGGUCACUUGGGUAUUCAGUCACUUGCAGUCAGAAUAAUCCAGAUGUAUUGAUAUACUGAUCAUCUGAAUGAGUAUUAUCAUGUUUAUAUUUGUGGGAAAGUAAUAUAAGGAAAACUAAAGACCACGUGUCUGAAAUAUAAGUCCCCCAAAUGUACCAGCCUAGGCCCACCUUUCAUCCCUCCAUCCUGCCUCGGGCAGACCUGGGCAGGCUUCAUCAGAGCCACGAGGAAGAGCACUCAGAUUGCAGGGCAAAUGCUGAGGGACCCAGCUUUUUCUUCCCAAGAUUCGAGUACUUGUCCAAAUCAGAAUUAUAUAAUUUACAUGAUGAUAAUGAGGUUAAAGAACGGAAAAUGACCACUUGACAACGUGCUGAGAAAUACAGACAUCUUUUAAGUGGAGCUGUCUUGGCUUGUGGGUCCCAUCCUGUAUUUUUCUAAAUGGUGGUGUGCUUUGCCAGUGGAUUUGCCUCGGGCCAAAGCUGCAGUGGCACAGUUUCCAGAAACUCAUCAUGAGUGCUGGCCUCUGGGAGCCCAGUAGUGCAAGUUUCAAUAUUAUAAAGUUCUUAUUUCUUCAUGUAUUAAGAUAUUCUAUAUUUGACAAUCAAAAUCCCAAAGGAUGUUUUCAUCGAACUUGAUAAGGCCAAUGUCAAAACCUACUCUAAAGCGUCAGUGCUGAAAGCAGUAUGGUUCUGGCAAAUCAGCGCAUCAAUGGAACAUAACACCUCCGAGCAGGUGGGAUUCUAGAAUAUAUUACUAAGUAAUCUCAAAGCUGGGAAGGACUUGCUUCUUAAGAAAUGGGAUGAGAGCUACUAGCUGUUGUUUUGAAGGGUGAAUAGAGCAACUUGGAUUUCAUACCAUACAUAAAAUUAAAUUCCAGGCUAAUUUAAUAGACA